AUGGUCCGGCAGCAAACCAACCGUGUGCAGAAGCUCUCGCCGCUGGCUUCAAGGCCGCAGAAGGCGUCUACGGCACGGUACAUUAGGGCGCGCCAGAAGUCGCCCCUCGCCGCAAUUCACCCGUCGGCAAGAGACGUGCGGACGCGGCUGCAGAGCACGAACACCAAUCGUUUCCUGAAGACGCGCAGCCAACUUGCGACCAUUUGCGAGGAAGAAGGAGAAGAGGAAGAGCCAUUUGAUCGAGGUUUCGAUCCUUACCGGGAAUUGCACGCGUUCGAGCGGGAUGAGGAGCGCAGCAGGCGCAGGCAUGGCGGCGAGCAAGACGAAUUAAUGGACUGGGAUGAUGAGUCGACUCUGGUAGCACUCUUGCAAGAAAGUGCUCCCGGGGAGGACGAGGAAGAAGACCUCGCCCAGCUCGCCAAUAGACUCAGGGCACCUAUGGCAGCCCAAGGUGCCAUUAUGAAGAAAUACCUCGCUGAUACUCUAGUGCCCGUUUUGACACGGGUGAAGGAGGUGCACGGUUUACUCGAGGACAAAGUGGACCUUGCCUUUGGCGCUGGCAUCCUCACUUUUGAUGAGGUCUGCAAGAAGGUCGAGGCAAUGGCGCUGCGUGAUGAGGAUGACCUCAAGACAGCAUACACGGAUGCUCAGCAAGCAUAUACCCGUCGCGACGCACUGUGGAUUGGCCAUCUCUUGACUGACCAUCUGGCUUGGCUUGUGAUCGUAGCUGAGCGUGCCAAAGCUACGCUCGAGGCACUACCCGCCGAACUGGAAGUCGUGAUCGCUCAGCUGGAACGGAGGAGCAAAGACCUGGAUAAAGAUAGCGGCGCAGCGUCGAAGCAGAAGAUGCUCAUGGGAUUAUUGGACAAAUUAAUGUUGGUGUAUCUGACGCAGAGCGGCUAG